AUGAGGAGGAAGCUUUUGACUCAGGAUAAGAUCCUUCAAUGGGAUUUCUCGAGUAGGAAAAAUAUGAACAUGAUGUGCUGUCUUUUGUGUUUUGCGGAUUAUGAUUCUCACUUUCAUCUCUUUUUUGAGUGUAACUUCUCUACGCAAGUUUGGAAUUUGGUUAGGGGAAAAGUGGGUAUGGAUAACGUGGAGCCGAAAUGGAGCGUUAUUGUGGAUCGGCUAUGUUCCAUUUCUAGCUCGAAGUCAGCGUCUAACUAUGUUAGUAAGUUGGUUGUGGCUGCUACCGCGUAUGCUAUCUGGCAGGAACAGAAUGCUCGGCUUUUCAAGAACCAUGCUAGACCACCGGACACAAUUGGUGCUAAUGUUCUUCAGACUGUCCGAUAUAAGUUGAUGGGUGUAAAGUUCAAGGCUAAGGAAAAAGUGAGAAGGCUUCUUCAAGCUUGGGAUAUUCAUGAAGAUGGCGACAACGAUUGUGGGGGCUGA